AUGGCCUCCUUCUCGGAGCUCGCCUCCAUCUACUUGGCCCUCAUCCUGCACAGCGAUGAGAUGACAGUCUCAGAGGAUAAGAUCUAUGCCCUCAUUAAAGCAGCAGGUAGAAGUGUUGAACCCUUGUGGCUGGGCUUGUCUACAGAGGCCCUGGCCAGUGUCAACAUCGGGAGCCUCAUCUGCGAGGUAGGGGCUGGGGGCCCUGUUCCAGCAGCUGCUGCUACACCAGCAGGAGGUCCCACUCCCCCCACCAUGGCUGCCCCAGCUGAGGAGAAGGAGCUGGAAGCAAAGGAAGAAGAAUCUGAAGAGUCUGAUGAUGACAUGGGCUUUGGUCUUUUUGACUAA